AUGAUUAAAAAAUUUUUUUUAAUUUUUGAAACCUUUGCCUUGCUGUGUUGUUUAGCUCCCAUUGUCCACAGCGAGUUCUCUUUGCUAGGGCGCGCGGGCGAGCGUGGGCCUGGCGCUGCUCGUCUCUAUCGAUUUCUAUGGAUUUUCUGGUGGCGAUCGCGAGCGCGAUGCUGGUAUUGCUGUGGAGGAGCUCGCUAUAAUCUCGCGGGUCCGCUGCGCGGGUUUGUCCAUGGAGUGCGCAGCGAAGAUGGGUUUUACAAAGUGGUCCAGAAGGAUUCCAACGGCGACAAGACAAUCGUUUGGUUCCAGCUAUGCGAGCACAUGAAAUUCAAUCACGAUCCUCCCAUUUGCCAAAGAUGCGAGAGUUGCGGAGGACCCGAUCACUGUGGCGAGACGUGCAGUGCUCUCGAGGCCGUCACACACUCCGGAUUUCCACUGUGUAGGACCUUAGGUUUUCCAUCGACUACGACGUUUUCACUCAUAGACAAGCGCAAACCAGAGCAAGGUCUGAUCGUCGACAUGGUGGCCAAUACCUCUCAGGACGCGUGUUCCUUCUCAGUAUCUGUCUACUGCAAGAGAACUGGCCAACAAGAGCUCCCAACUUCGGUUGCAGGAGAUGGCUGCCACUACACAGCAGUUCUUAAACACCCGGCAGGGUGUCCUGUGGUGACGCGCCUCGAUGGCGGAGGCCUCGGGUGGUUUAGCACGUUGCUUAUUGUAUUACUGUGCUUUCUAGUUGUGUAUAUGAUAGCAGCGACAAUUUAUCGAAGAAAAGCGCUUGGCAUCGUCGGUGUGGAGGCGAUUCCUCACAUGGACUUUUGGAGGUCUAUUCCCUCGAACAUUCAGUGGGGUGUGGAGUAUGUGAUAGGCAAAGUCACUGGCCUUUACAGACGAGUUACGGAGCCAUCUUAUAUGCGGGUCAAUGAGUAGCAUAGCGAAUUUUUUUCUUCUUCUUUUGAGAAACGCUCUUGGCUAUUUUCUUUCGAUUGAUUAUUCAAGAGCGUGAUUUGAGAGCUC